AUGGUCAGCACCGCCUUUGGUCUGCCACUCAAGCACGUCUCGCUCGCUGUGCUCACCAUCCAGAACACCGCCCUUGGUGUGGUCAUGCAUCACAGUCGCGUAUCGGCUCCUGUCGGCAAGACCUACUUUUUCCCCACCGCUGUACUUCUCACCGAACUCCUCAAAUGCCUCAUAUCGUUUGUCAUCGCCGUCAUCUCUAUACCCGCAACUAGCGACUCGCUUCCACUGCCGUCGGGCUCGCACAAGACUUCGGCUUCCAAACGCAAAAUCUCGAAAACAGAAGACGAUGCGCUGCAGCCGCGGGUGCUCAGCCCAGCCUCGCAUGACACAUCCUCCGACUCGACACGCUCUAAACUCAAGCUGGUCCUUGAUGAGGUCGCUGCAGAAGAUUACUGGAAGCUUUCCAUCCCCGCCAUCCUCUAUGUCCUGCAGAACAAUCUGCAAUACAUCGCUGUCUCCAACCUCGAACCUCCGGUCUUCAUUUGCGCCUACCAGAUGAAGAUCCUCACCACCGCUUUCUUCAGCAUCGUCAUCCUACGCAAAAAAAUCGGAUUGUGGCAGUGGCUCUCGCUCGGCAUGUUGGCCCUCGGUGUCGCUAUCGUACAGAUACAGAGCAAGUCGGUUUCGGGUUUGAUCCCCUUCGAGGUUCACAGCCAAGGUUACGGUCACGUUUCGGCCGGUCCGGUCGCCGAUCUGCCACCUCCUCCACCACCUCCGCCCUUCGAUUCGCAUCGUGCUCCACCUCCAGAGCGUCUGCCCAGCGUCGGCUCUUUUUUCUCAGGCUCCGAUGCCAAAGACUAUGAUCAUCUUCCACCCUCCUCGCCUUCCUUUCCCGGCGCACGCAUAUCCAUGAGCAUGGAGGAGAGCGCAAAGGUCGACAAGCCAAUGCAACCCAUUCAAGGCUUCCUCGCCGUCACUGCUGCUUGCUUCACCUCAGGUCUGGCCGGUGUCUACUUUGAAAUGGUGCUCAAGAGCUCAGACGCAAAUCUGUGGGCCAGAAAUGUGCAGCUCUCCGCCUGGUCUCUACUUCCUGCUGCGUUGCCCGUCCUCCUCGAGAUGGCUCGUCACGGUCCCUCCACACCGUUCCUACACUUUGGCGUAAGCGCAUGGGCAACCGUAGUGCUGCAGGUCACCGGUGGGAUGGCGGUCGCCAUGGUCAUCAAACACGCAGACAACAUCCUCAAGGGCUUUGCCGUCAGCUUCAGUAUCGUCCUCAGCUUCGGCUUUAGCGUUGCCUUUUUCAAUUUUCCUUUUACCGCUGCCUUCGCCGGAGGCGUAGCACUCGUCAUCUUAAGCACCCUCUCAUAUGCACACGGUCCAAUGAAAAGCCUUACAAAGGCUAAUUCGAGCUGGACCGCCGUCGCAGAUGCGGUCUCGACCUCAGCGACCUCUUCCUUCCGCGACAAGAACAGAUUGCUUAGAGACUGA